ACGUGGAAAGAGGAUUGUGGUUCCAGCUGGUUUUGAACUCUUCAAGGGAUUUCUACAUUUACUACACUUAACUCGCCACCAUUUAAUUCAGAAUUAACGAUAAAAAAGCACUUGGAUAUACUUGGCCCUUUUUGGGAAAUUUCAUCCGAAGAAAAUGAGGCUUCACGCGCGAUUUAUGGGAAGGCCAAACCAAAAAUUCAAGUAAUCAGACAACUCUYUAAGACGAGCUCAGACAUUUCAUUUACUUCAACCUUGAAUUCAUUAUUGUUACGUUUCUGAGGAAAGAAAAAGAUAAUUUUCUUCGAACCUAAAGUAAACGGUGCCAAGGAAAAUGUCAGCGGACAUGAAAACUUCGCUUGUUAAGGAAGAGGAAGGAAGGAGAGUUGACUUGCAUACUAACUCUGGAGAAACAAUUUGCCUAAGUUUUCCCGAAAAUGGAACGCCUUUACCCAAGGUAAUCAAGCUUGUAGAUCCAGAAACAGGCCAGGCAAUUUUAUUCCAGAGUAACGGUAGUGGAUACAACGAAAUCGCCGGGAAACUCGACGAAGUUUUAAGUCGGUUAAAUUUUGAGCUAUGCCACAAUUGCCGAAAUGAUGAAGUUAAUGGUUCAAAUGAUCUUCAMCGACAAAACUCCGGCGACGAAAGACUGGAAAAACGACGAGAAAAACUUCAAAAAAAGUUGAAAGAACGAAAAGGAAGCUCAAACAAAGUCGACGAGGACGACUGUGGUAAUCACUGUCAUCAGAUUUUUAUAGAAAUUCCAGUUCAGGGGUUGAGUCAGAUUCGCGAGGACAAACUGUCGACAAAUUCAGACAGACACUCACUGGAAGAUGAUUAUUUGUCCAUCGAAGAAGAAAAAACAAAAGUUGAGGAUCUCAGAAUCCAAAAAGGACCUGAUAUUGAGCUCAUUGGUGGUACAAGUGUAAAGAUUUCUUGGUCUGCACAUAUCAGCAACAAUAGCCACUUGUCAAACUGUACAUUUGCACUUCAAAUGGCAGCCAAAAAUGCAAAUUAUAAUAAUAUUUACAGUGGAAUAGAUACAGAGAUGAAUAAAGGUGAAUUAAAACCUGGUGCAACAUACAAAUUCAGAGUUUGUGCUGUAAAGGGUAAAAUAAAAGGAGAAUUUUCACCAGAAGCACAUAUACAGAUACCUAGUACAGCACCAGACACUCCUUCUGUUCCAUAUCUUACCAACAAAACUAAAACAAGUUUUCUUGUAAAGUGGAAUGCCMCAAGUGACAAUGGAUCACCACUGAUAAAUUACAUUUUAGAGUGGGACAAGGGUGUAGGUGAUGGAAAGUACCAUGCAAUUUACAGCGGUAUACAACGUCAUCACAAGCUUUUGCAUAAAUUACCACCAGGCACUAAGUGCGUUUUUAGAGUGAAAGCCAUCAAUGAAAUAGGAGAAAGUGAAUUCAGUAAAGAUCUAACAACUCACACUAGUGCUAGUGUACCAGAUGCACCUGACUCUCCCACUUUAGAAAGUGCUGGUGCUAAUUACUUAACAGUAAUCUGGAACAUACCUGAGUGUAAUGGAGCUGAGAUUGCUGAAUAUUUGUUAGAGAUGGAAGAUACAUCAAUGGCAUAUGGUUUUAUGGUGGCCUACAGAGGAUCAGACAACAGAUGGAAAAAUGAAAAACUGAAGAGAAAUACAAUAUAUAAAUUUAGGGUAUCUGCCAUGAAUAGCCAGGGAAACAGCAAAUGGAGUGAAAUAGCAAUGUUCACUACUGCCCCAGAAAAACCAGGGCGACCGUCACCUCCGACAAUUCAAGGAAAACCGAAAACGACCGCAUUUACAGUUGUCUGGGGUCAUCCUGAUGAUACUGGAGGUGCAGCAAUUACCAAAUACGUCCUGGAGAUAGAUGAUGGAAAAGGUGGUACUUUUAAGGAAAUUUACAGUGGACUACAGUGUGAGCAUGCUGUCAAUAGCUUAUCUCCCGGCCAUAUGUACAAACUUCGUGUCCAAUGUCAUAGUGAAGGUGGAUGUAGUGAGUGGUCACGCUUGUCAAAAAUACGAACUCUUGCUGUUUGUCCUGGUCAAGCUAAUCCACCAUUAAUGUCCAAGAUCUACAAGCCACAACCUACUGCUCUACAUCUUUACUGGGAUCCUCCAGACUAUAAUGGUGGCUCCGCAAUAUCAGCAUAUAUGUUGUUGAUGGAGGUGGAGAAGGCGGGAAUUAAAGAAUUAUGUGAGAUAUACUGUGGUGCUGAUAAUCUUUGUACUGUGAGUGGUCUACAACCAGGCAAACGUUACUCAUUCUGUGUUCAAGCUGCAAAUGAAGCUGGGGUUGGUAAAGCAUCAAUUAUAGCUGAGCUUAGCACUGCCCCUGGUGUUCCAGAUGCACCAAAAGCUCCUGAUAUAUUWUGUAGGUCGGCAGCUGCUAUUCAGAUCACAUGGGAGGCGCCAUCAGAGAAUGGUUGCCCAGUCACAGGUUACACACUAGAAAUGAUGGAGAACGAGAUCUUUGUUGAGAUCUAUAGUGGUGUUGACAAGACCUUCGAACUAAGAAAGGGGCUGAAUCCAGCAAGUUACUACUAUUUUAGAGUAAAAGCUUUGAGCCAGGCUGGAGCAAGUCUUUGGAGUGCUGUUGGGACGUGCCAUACACCAGCUGCCUCUCCUGCAGCCGUGUCAUAUGUGAGAGUGAUUGAUCAGUCAUCUUCCAACUUAAGAUUAAGAUGGAGGCACCCUGGAAACAAUGGUGCGACAAUAACAUCAUACAACAUCGAGAUUACUGGAGUCCGAAAUAUUAGCUAUGACUUAGAGGAGAAUGAACUCGAGGCUGAAGAGUCACAUAUCCAAGAAUAUGAUUUAGUCAACCUGCAUCCUAACACUAUUUACAGAAUUCGCGUACAAGCUGUAAACAAGAUCGGAUGCGGACCUUUCAGUCCACUUACAGUUGGUACGACUCGGGAUCUUCCUCCACUAGCUCCAGCUCUUGAGCUUGCUUCAGCUUCUUACCAAAGCCUUAAACUCAGAUGGGGCAACCCCACUUCAAAGGACGCUCUUGGUUUAACCUACAUAUUAAAAAUGAAGGAUAACAGUGGAAACUUUCAGGCAAUUUUUAAUGGUUCUACGACGUCUCACAAAGUUGGAAAACUCCGCGAGAGAACAGAAUAUGAGUUUCAGAUCCAAGCAAGUAACGAUGCUGGGACCGGGCCUCUUUCAGAUAUCUACAGGUUUAGUACGACAGCGCAGCCACCUUUAGCUGUUAAAGGUCUGACUGCUGAGUACAUCACAGAAAAUUCCUUCACUCUAAGCUGGGAUGCAGUUCCUUCUAUCAAGCAUGGUGACACGAUUAGCUAUUUAUUGCAGAGUCAAGAAUUAGGAAGACAGCAGGACUUCGRACGGGUUUACCAAGGUCCAAAUACAUCAUUUUCUUCUUGCAAUCUCACUGCUGGAUGCGAAUAUAUGUUUAGAGCUUGUGCCAUACGCCAAACAGAAAACCAAGAUCUUAAAAAUCCCGACUCGCCAUCUCGUGGUCUGAAAGGUGCCUUCAGUCCAGUGUUAACCGUUAAAACUCACACCCUUAGAUGUAAGAAAAGAACAUCCGUACGGCAGUCAAAAGUGGAUGAGGCGGAAUUCAGUGUUGAAGAAAGUAAACCGUUAACUGACUUUCAAUGGGCAAUGAUUUUCUUUAUAGGAUUUACCUUGUUUGCACUUGGUUUAGCUUUUAUAGCUCCUAUACUGUUUGAUUUGUCUGGAUAAUCAUUGAUAAUGAAAUUUUAAACAAAAUGACAGUAAUAUAUUA